UCUGGUGAAUGCUUGGAACGCUCUCGAGAAGUAUGAGAGAGCGUGUUGAAACCACGUGCAAACCCCAAAUUGGGCAAUUUUCUAUUGUACACCGUGUAUCGUGUCCAUCUUCCUUGCCUUUCCCACUCCCUCUCACUCUAUCUGCAAAUUCCAUAUAGCCCAUAUCAUUUUACAGAACUGAAAACACACACACAAUACCACAUCAAGAAGGGGGGAAAAAAGAGAGAAAAAAGUUGCAGUACACAAUUGUCUUAUUUUUCAGAAUGGCUAUGGUGAAUGCAGUUUCUGUUGCUAUUAGACCAACAGCUUCUCCUUUUCUUCUGCCUUCAACUUCAUCGUCCAAUUUUCCCUCAAUUUCCCUUACAAAAAAUUCUGAAUUGUUGACUUUUGCACUGGCAAAAAAAAGGGAUCUUUUUUCUCCUAUUUCUGCUUUCAAUAAUAAGAAGAUUUGUGAUUCUGUGGAUACAGCUGAAGACAAAGAUGAUGCAUUGGAAGAGCCGGUUGAGACUCUCUUAUAUUCGUUCUCUCCUCUGCCUUUGCUGUUUGUGGCUUCUCUACCUGGAGCUGCGACUGUGAGGUCUCUGUUUGGCCCUUUUGUUGAGCUGGUCAAGUCCUGGAACCUUCCUGACUGGCUUGUGCACUGGGGUCACCCUGGUAACAUGGCUGUUGUGCUCUUUGCUAUGGGUGGUUAUGGAACUUAUUUGGGUUUUCGUAUUCGCUUCUCCGAUGAUGUGGAGGAGCAGGCCAAGGCCAAAGAUUUGCAUCCUAAACUUCUUGGAGGAAUGUUUUUCUUCUUUGCUUUGGGAGCUACUGGUGGAGUUACAUCUCUUCUAACUUCAGAUAAACCCAUUUUUGAAAGUCCUCAUGCUGUAACAGGUUUCAUUGGGCUUGCUCUUUUGACAAUUCAGACCAUAUUGCCUGCUUUGUUUGAGGGGAAUCCCGGAUUGCGCAAUGUUCAUGGGAUAUUGGGCAGUGGCAUUAUGACAUUGUUUCUUGUCCAUGCCGCCCUUGGACUUCAGCUUGGCCUGAGUUACUAACCUCUUGGCACAAAUCAUAGUGCAUCUUUAUAGAUGUGAGACUGUAGGUUCAAAUAGCUUGAACGAUCUAAUGUGCCUAUGCAUGUUGGAUAGGGACGAUUAUUUAUGGGUUCAAAUGAUCCUUGGAGUCAAAUAGAAAUAAAAAAAAAUACAAAAAUUCUUCAAGUACAGAAAAUUUUUACCAGAUUUUUGAAUUUUCACUCACAUAAGAGUGGGGCCCGUGUAUAAAAUAUUGAAAAAAAAAAAAACAAAAUUCCCGCCUUUGAAUGUGAGUGUUUGGUAGGUACAGGGAUUUAAAUCCCUGUACUUAUAGCAAGGUUGAAAAAAAUAUACCCCUUGAAGUCAACGAAAUGCAAAAUAUAUUACGAUUUGUUUGAACUUUGACUAUGGAAAUGAAAUAUCCACUAUCCAGAUAA